AUGCGUCCCGGCGGUGCUGUGCCGUACAUGGAUUCACUUAGCAAUUUGCUUCGACAACUCAAGCCCUCGAGCCCCAAUUGGAACAGCGUCUCAAACCAGGUUUUCCCCAAGCCAAUCAUGCGACGCCAGCGCCGCCUUGGAGCCACCAACUACCACUCGACACUUAACGUGACGAAAGACACGGCAGCUAGCGCGUUGUUUGACAGCGACACCGCUGCUGUCGUGGAGCCUGAGCUCACGGAAGGACCCUACUACGUCAGCGGCGAGCUCAUCCGCAGUGACAUGAGGGACGGCCAGGAGGGCGUGGACAUGUACAUCCACGUGCAGGUCAUCGACCACGAACGGCAACAGCAACGACGCUACCAACUCAACGCGAAUUUCCUGCGAGGCAUGACUCCCACGGAUGAAGACGGUGUUGCCCAGAUGCUGUCCAUCUUCCCGGGUCACUAUGCAGGGCGCACCACACACGUGCACUUCAUCGGCAACUACGGCGGCACGGUUCUCUCGAACAACACGUACUCGGGCGCGUCUGUGUCUCAUGUGGGUCAGUUCUUCUUCGACCAGGACCUCAUCACGUCCGUCGAGAAAGUGGCGCCCUAUUCGACCAACACGCAGUCGACCACACUCAACAAGAACGACAACAUCUUCAAGGAAGCCGCUGCAACUGUCUACGAUCCGAUCUUCACCUGCGCGCAGCUGGGCGACUCGGUCGAUGAGGGAUUGUUUGUGUGGAUCUCGGUGGCGGUGGAUAUGACGGCCGAUCGGGACGUCAAGGCGGUGUCGGCUCUGACCGGUUCCAGCGCUUCCACAACCACCUCCACCACGCCGAAUGGAGCUUCGAGCGUCUACAAUUUUGGAGGAAUUGUGGCUCUUGUGGCUGCUUUUGCUCCGGUUUUCCUGGCGAAUCUGUAA